UCUCUCCACUUCCAAUCUCACCACUACUUUGAUACCACUGCCCAUGGCUUCUUCAAGUGCUCCAUUUGUGUUUCUGGCUCUUACCCUUCUUAGUUCUUUCCUGGCUCUCACAGCUGCUAACUUCUACCAAGACUUUGACAUCACGUGGGGAGAUGGCAGAGGGAAGAUGCUUAACAACGGCGACCUUCUUAGCCUCUCUCUAGACAAAGCCUCUGGCUCUGGAUUCCAGUCCAAGAAUGAGUUUCUUUUUGGAAAGAUAGAUAUGCAGAUCAAGCUUGUCUCUGGAAACUCUGCUGGCACCGUUACUGCUUAUUAUUUAUCCUCAAAAGGAUCAGCAUGGGACGAGAUAGACUUCGAGUUCUUGGGGAAUCUGAGUGGCGAUCCUUACAUUCUUCACACCAAUGUCUUCAGCCAAGGCAAAGGCAACAGAGAGCAACAGUUCUAUCUCUGGUUUGACCCAACUGCUGAUUUUCACACAUAUUCCAUCCUUUGGAAUCCCCAGAGCAUUAUAUUCUCUGUGGAUGGAACUCCCAUUAGAGAGUUCAAGAACUCAGAAUCAAUUGGCGUUGCAUUCCCAAAGAACCAACCGAUGAGGAUAUACUCCAGUCUCUGGAAUGCCGAUGAUUGGGCGACAAGAGGUGGGCUUGUGAAGACAGACUGGAGCCAAGCACCCUUUACUGCUUCCUACAGAAACUUCAAAGCCGAUGCUUGCAUUUGGUCCUCUGGAGCAUCUUCCUGCACUUCAUCUUCUUCCACCACUACUAAUUCCUGGCUUUCACAAGAGCUGGACACUGCAAAUCAAGACAGGCUUAAAUGGGUGCAAAAGAACUACAUGAUAUAUAAUUACUGCACAGACGCAAAGAGAUUUCCCCAGGGCCUCCCUCCAGAAUGCAACACCUCCUAGAGAAACCAUCAAAUUCUUUUACUAUUUGCAUGAUUAGUCUAUUCAUGUGAUUUCUAGGAUCCAAUUCUUUUCAUUCUUUUUUCUGUUUUUUUCAUCGCAACAAUGGCUAAAAAAAGUAAUCAUUUUGUUACAUAUCAUGUAAUCCAUAAGGUUCUCUGUUAUACA